GAUUGGCGGGUAUAACAUUCCAAAAUCAACAACAGAAGAAUUUCCAUUCCCCAGCUUCCGUCAAUUGUCUUCCUCCUUUCUCCCUUGGAUUCAAUCUUCCACUCCGGCAGGAUUUUGAUCUCAGUCUCCCCUUCCUCUGCGCUCUCCCCUCUGCAACUGCAUAGAUCUUCCUCCGCCCGCUGUUCGUUCAGGUCCUCGCUGAACGAUCCUCAAGUAUCAACAUCUCUGCACGAAUAUCUAGGCAGCUUGGGAGCCUCUUAACAAAUGCAGAGCAGUGGUUGCUUCCCGAUUAUGGUUCAUCUUUUGGGGAAUACCUACUUAGAAUAUUGUUGAUAACAUGGGCAAUCUCCCACGCAGUGUAGUUAGUAGAAAGCCUACUGAUACUAUGAGGAUAAUUUUGACAAGCUUUGCCGGAGUACUUUUUGGAUUCUUCAUUGGAGUUUCUUUUCCUACUCUUUCAUUAACAAAGUUUAAUCUCUCAUCAAGUCUUCUUCCCGAGGCUGAUCUCUCAAAAUUAGAAGGGGAAAAGACAGGGAUCUUGAACGUACCAGUUUCAAAUGCUCCUACUGAAUCCCCACAUUUGAAUGACACAUCAAAGAUCUGGGUUUCCUCAAAUCCACGUGGGGCUGAAAGAUUGGCACCGAAAAUUAUUGCUGCUGAAUCGGACUUUUAUCUGCACAAAUUGUGGGGUAACCCCAGCGAGGAUUUAACCAGCAGACCGAGGUAUCUUGUGACCUUUACUGUUGGUUAUGAUCAGAGAAACAAUAUUGAUGCUGCAGUCAAAAAGUUUUCAGAGAACUUCACAAUUGUUUUGUUCCACUACGAUGGCCGAACCACCGAAUGGGAUGAGUUUGAGUGGUCCAAGCGGGCUAUACACAUUAGUGCUAGAAAGCAGACAAAAUGGUGGUAUGCAAAGCGAUUUUUGCACCCAGACAUAGUGGCGGCAUAUGAUUACAUAUUCAUAUGGGAUGAAGAUCUUGGUGUCGAGAAUUUUGAUGCGGAAGAAUACUUAAAAUUGGCGAGGAAGCAUGGGUUGGAAAUCUCUCAGCCUGGUCUUGAGCCAAACAGAAAGAUAACAUGGCAGAUGACUAAAAGAAGGGAUGAUCGUGAAGUCCACAAAGAAACCGAAGAGAAGCCUGGGAGGUGUCCUGACCCACAUCUACCUCCAUGUGCAGCGUUUAUUGAGAUCAUGGCUCCCGUGUUCUCAAGAGAUGCAUGGCGCUGUAUCUGGCAUAUGAUUCAGAAUGACUUGGUCCAUGGAUGGGGUAUCGACUUUGCCCUCAGAAAAUGCGUAGAGCCUGCCCAUGAGAAAAUCGGAGUCGUUGAUGCUCAGUGGGUGGUUCAUCAAUCUUUGCCUUCGCUCGGAAGUCAGGGAGAAAAAUACGAGGGGCAUUCGCCGUGGAGAGCGGUGAGGUUGCGGUGUCGAAAGGAGUGGUUUAUAUUCGAUGAUCGAAUGAAGAAAGCUGAGAGGGCUUACUUCAGCUCUAUGGGAAUCGAUCCUCCCAAGUUGAAAUCACUCUGAGAGGGACUCACUACUACUCCUCUCAGCAAACAGCCCUCGGAGGAGCAGCGUAUCUGUAGAUUUCUUUACCAAGUGCAGAUAUCAUAACUAUUAGCCAUUCUUUUCGAUCUGAGUAUCGUAAUUGUCCCAAUCCUCUAUCUCCAGCAGAGGCUAUGAUCCGUGUUGUAACAAAAACAGGUAUAUGCUGUAAUUUUCCACGUCAAAAUAAAGGUUAGCAUUACAAUUCA